GAACUAGUGCUGAUCAAGGAAGAGGGGUAGAUAGGAGGGCUCUUGGGUGUCGUGGAACAUUUUCAUGAUUAUAUUUCGUUGCUUUUGGUUUCCCAUAAAUUACUCUGGAACUCCAGAAUUCUUUUAAUCCCUCGUCCCCAAAAGAAAACGCGUAAUCUGGUGGCCAAUCGUAACGUCACAGGCGUUCGAGUGCACUGGACGUCACAGUGUUAAUUAUUGCACAUUGGUGAUAUUAGAAAUCACGAGGGGAAAGGAGCAAAAUUCAGUCUAGAUAAUAAAAAAAACGUUGAGGAUCGAGCCAAAUACAGAAGUUUAAAAAUCUCCAGAGACAGUGGGGUCUCCAACAACAGUGAAGACAAGAGACAAUAGGAUUUGUUGUUUGUGUUUAGGAGUGCUUGGAGUGGCAUUUCAGUGCGUCACUAUUGCCAUGGCUAAUCGUGGGACGGUGGCCCAAAGGCCGAACGGAACACAAGGAAAAAUUUGUCAGUUUAAAUUGGUCUUACUUGGUGAAUCGGCUGUUGGAAAAUCAAGUUUGGUACUGAGGUUUGUCAAAGGACAAUUCCAUGAAUACCAAGAAAGUACAAUAGGAGCUGCAUUUCUAACACAGACAGUAUGUCUCGAUGAUACAACUGUCAAAUUUGAGAUAUGGGAUACAGCAGGCCAGGAGCGUUACCACAGUCUUGCCCCUAUGUAUUACCGCGGUGCUCAAGCAGCAAUUGUCGUUUACGACAUACAAAAUCAAGACACAUUCCUACGAGCCACGACUUGGGUAAAGGAACUUCAACGACAGGCGAGUCCCAGUAUAGUGAUAGCAUUGGCCGGCAAUAAAGCUGAUUUAGCAAACAAACGUAUGGUCGAUCAUGACGAGGCUCAAGCUUAUGCCGAUGAGAAUGGUCUUUUAUUCAUGGAGACGUCAGCGAAAACUGCGAUGAACGUUAACGACAUAUUCUUAGCGAUUGCUAAAAAACUCCCUAAAAAUGAACAAACGGGUAAUGCAAGCACGAGUGGCCAGGGUCGUCGGCUGGUGGAAUCGGAGGGACAAAAAACUACAGCGAGUAACUGCUGCAAGUGAUUGAACAAAUUCGUAGGUGUCGCUCUCAUCCACUUCAUAUCGAUUAACAUACACUGGACAUUCGAUAUCCUGGCAAACAUCCUUGGCCACUGGAUCCCCAUAUGAAUUUGUACGAGAUAACGAGCAUCGAAAAAAUCACAAAAAAAUAUUAACGAAAAAAGGAUAACAAAAAAAAUGUCAUAACCACUCGAAAUUAACCUAAUGAGCAGAGAGUUGUAGGUGGUAAUGAGAAUCGAGCGGAAACUAUUAAAUAUAGAGACAGCUAAGACGGAUUUAUAAUUAAUGAUUAAUUAAAAUUGAGAGAAACACUGUGAACUGAGUGAAGCAGGGCAUGGAGAGAGAGAGAGAGUUGUUGAGGAAAAAGUGUGUUUAUAUGCAGAAAAAAAACUCGUCCAAGGAUUCAUAAGGGAGAGAUAAACAACUUUCGAUGAAAUUCAUAAGACAAAACACCAGCCAGCAUGAAACCUAGAAGGAAUUAUGACCUCGAAAAACAGAAGAUGAAAAAAAACAAUUGUGUCACAAUGUAUCCGACGAUAUCGACCACGUUAAGAAAUAUCUGUUGGUGAGGAGAGAAAUUGAGAGAGAUAAAAUAUGAAACAGCUGAGAAAAAAAAGUCCCGUUUGUUAUUCUAGUAGUAAUGGACGGUGUUCGUUAUAAAUAUAUAAAUAUACUAUAUAUUAAACAAAUCAUAUAUCUCAUAUGGUUUAUGUAAGGAAAUAAUAAUAACAAUAAUUUGAUGAUAACUGGUAAAUGAUGAAUGAACUACUACGAUUCAAUGUGUAUGUUUAAAUAGGUUAUGGAUCGAAUCGACAAGUUGAUAAAAAAUUAAAAUUCAGCAUUAAUAAUGAAGACAUUUUGGCACGCAAAUUACAAAAAAAAAAGAGGACAUAAAACAUUCUUGUAAGAUAGUAGGGGCCAUUCCUGCUGCUAUAAUUAAAUACUAUAUAUUUUCUUCGUCAGAUUGUAAUGUGUAAUAAUAAUUAUAACUUUAAAAUAUAUUGUAUAUUAAUUCUAUUGAUCAA